AUGAAAUUCGAUUGUUCUGGUCAAAGUGGAUGUGAAAAUGGAGCUCGUUGCUUCCAAGAUAGUCCCCGUUGUGCUCAAAAAUGGAUUUGUUCAUGUCCAACAUGUUUUUAUGGAAAACGAUGUCAAUUCAGUACAAGUGGGUUUGGUAUUUCACUUGAUGCCAUUUUAGGCUAUCAUAUUUUGCCUCAUGUUAGUCUUGUUUAUCAACCAAUGGCUGUACAAAUCAGUAUAGCGUUAUCGAUAACGAUGACAGUGAUAGGACUCAUCAACGGAAUUCUUUCUUUUAUUACAUUCAACAACAAAGGAUUAUGGGAAGUUGGUUGUGGUCUUUAUCUAUUAGGUUCAUCAAUCACUACUCUCUUAACGAUGACUGUAUUUUCACUGAAGUUCUGGUUUCUUAUAUGUUCACAGAUGGGACUUAUUACUAACCGAUUAUUUCUUCAUGUUCAAUGUAUUUCAAUAGAUUUUCUCGUUCGAAUCUGUCUGAGUAUGGACCAAUGGUUAAAUGCAUGUGUAGCUAUUGAACGAAUGGUCAGCAGUAUCAAAGGAAUCAAUUUCGAUAAAAAUAAGAGCAAGCAAGCAGCAAAGUCGAUAAUUCUCAUUCUUAUUUUUCUGACAACUGGCACUUGUAUUCACGAUCCUUUCAAUCGAAGUCUGCUAAAUGAUAAUAAUGAUGAUGAUGGUGAUAAUGAGAAGAGAAUCUGGUGUAUUGUCAGAUACCCAUCCAACGUCCAACUCCUAUUAUCAUCAUCACGACGGCCCGUCAACGAUCAUUAG